UAUUUACUUGUUUUGAAUUUGUUUGCCAUCAACCAAACUAACCCAAAUUUCAUAACUUUUAUAUAUCAUGGCCAUCGAGGAACUUUUGUUUGACAGAGAUGACUUCACGAAGAAAUUGGGCUUCCAGCUUUUCGCUGAAGCUUUUGGCACUUUCAUUCUCGCUUUUAUGGCCCAGGCUUCAGUUAUCACAGGUUUGAAUCCAGAACAAGCUAGACCGGACCAGAUGAUUUCAACCUCUCUAGCGAUUUGUUCAGCCCUGAUAAUAGCCAUCUACCUCUGUGGUCCGACCUCAGGCAGUCAUAUUAACCCAGCGAUGACUGUUUGCAAACUGCUGACUGGUUCUACUAAUUUGGUCAAAGUUUUGCUCUACUCAGUUGCUCAAUUUAUCGGUGCUCUUUGUGCCACUGGGACCCUCUGCGCGCUCUGUCCCUCUGACUGGAUCUUGGGCCAGGGACACCUAGACGGCACAGGACACCCCAACUGGCUACUUGAACUGAACCCCAAGUCCACUUUCACCCAGGGUCUUUUCGUCGAGAUACUGGCUACUAUGUUGUUGGGUCUGGUGUUUCUUCUCGUCACCGAUCCCAUCGCAGGGAAACAGUUUGCGGGUGUCGCCCCAAUUAUUGUCGGUCUAGUGGUCAGUGGUCUCUUUCUCUCAAUCUCGCCACUCACUAAAUGCUGCAUGAACCCAGCCAUAGCUCUAGCUCAGGCCAUGAUCAUGAGCCAUUAUGACAUCUCUCUUUUGGUCUAUACACUGGGACCCUUUUUGGGUGCUGUAGCCGCCGCUCUUGUAUACAGCACUUUGCUAGUUCAUGGCAUACGGCAGAAAGACGAAUAUGAAGAUUUGAGACUGGUGUUGAAUUAUAGAAAAGCCGACAGUAAAUAUGACGGAUGAAACUCGAACGAAGAAACUCUGAAAAUCACCAACGAAGUCAUGCUUCUUUUGUUCUAUCACUACUAUUGUAU